ACGCAACGAGAACAAAAAAUUAAAAUUUUAAAUGUCUGUUGUAUUUCUGCCAGGUUCUGUUUUGAACUUAAGAAAAAAAAUAGCAAAUGAUUAGAGCGAUGAUAUUUAAUUAUAUUACGAGUAAUUAUGGUCAUUGUCGACGUUUGCAUGGUAUAUUAACGCGUUCUUCCCUAGUAUAUCCUCAGUCGGACAUUCGCCUUGAAGCCUUGUUAGAGCUGUGUGAGACAACAUGGGAGUUAAAUUCCAAGUAUCGUGUUUUUUGUUCGCCUUAUUUGGCUUUGUGCAGUCGGGAGUUGUGCCAGAAGAAAAAUGCAAUUUAGAUGACAAAAAAUGCCUUGCAUCAGCAUUCCAAAAGAUGGUACCAGUGUUCAUGGCAGGAAUACCUGAAGCUGAUAUAGCAGUGCUAGACCCUAUGGAGAUGGAUGACGUCAGCUUCGAUCUUGCUGGUCUACAGUUUUCUCUCAAAGAAGGUCGCUUGAAGGGAUUGAAGGGUUCAGUUAUCGAUAGUGUUGAUUGGGACAGGAAGAAGAACGUUUUGUCAGUUGAUUUCCAUAUGGAUGCCUCUGUAAAAGGUCACUACACUGCUGGCGGCCGCUUGCUCAUCUUGCCUAUAUCUGGAGAUGGAGAAAUGAAGCUGAAAUUAAAACACAUUCAAAUCAAGCUCUACAUCCAUUACGAUAUGGUUAAAGAUUCUGAAGGCAAGGACCACAUCAAACCAAAGAAGUACCACUUCGACUUUGAAGUAAAAGAAGGCGCUCAUUAUCACCUUAGUAAUUUGUUCAACGGUAACAAGGAGCUAAGUGAAACUCUGUUGAAAUUCAUAAAUGAAAACUGGAACCAAGUCACCAGUGAGUUCGGCAGACCAGUCAUGGAUGUGGCAGCAAAGAUUAUUUAUAAGAACGUUGUCAAAUAUUUUGAGAAGAUGCCGAUUCAAGAUAUCACUGUUGCUUAGAAGCGAGGAACAUCCAGUAGAAUGAUUAGUGUAGAUAUUUGUUUGUGAUACCGAAAUAAAUUAUUGA